AAAAUAACCUCUCGUAUCCUAUUAGUCACAUUUCAUGGUGCGAAUACGGAAGUGAAGUGUUAGCUUUAAAUGUUGACACGAUGAUCGGAGAUCUCCUGCUAUUUGGGACCUUGUUGAUCAAUGCAGGGGCUGUCCUGAAUUUCAAGCUCAAAAGGAAAGAAUCCCAUGGAUUUGGAGAUGAGUCCAGAGGUCCAACGACAGGUGACAACAUUCGCGAGUUCCUCCUCAGCCUGCGAUACUUUCGCAUCUUCAUUGCACUGUGGAACAUCUUCAUUAUGUUCUGCAUGAUUCUAUUGUUUGGAUCAUGAACAACGGUGGCUCUAGCUGGACUACGACCAGGCGACUGAUUUUUCAAGACGUGUGCUCAAAAUCCCUUCAUAUUCUGUUUUUGGGGCGGGGGUUGUUUAUUUUAUCUUUUAAUUGUUCCUUUCCUUCUUAACCCCCACUCAGCUGCACUCCUCUACAGAAAUGUUUAGACUGCUGUAUUUAUUUCAUCCCACCUAUCCAGAGGUUUGACAUUUAUGGGCUUCAAAGGUGUGAGAUGUUAUUCUUGUCCCAUCAUUGCAUAAAAUGAAUGGACCAUCUUCUUUCUGUUUAGUUAUUUUUAAAGUUGGAAAAUUGAAAACCAACACAAUAGUUUUCCUCUGCAUUUUCUCUCUCUUGUCCCAACAAAAUUACAUCAGAAUUUGUAUCACCAGUUCUUAGUUGUAUGCCUCAAUCUUCCAUUUUCCUGAAACUUAAUUUUGAAAUGCCCGUUCUUGUACUGGAUGCCAGGACUUGAUUUAGAUGCAUUAUAUUUCUGUAUUUCUACAUU